AUGCACAUGUCCGAUCCCCUUUCCACGGCCCUGUUGUUCGGGUUGUUUCUAGGUGUUGCCGUCCUGCUCAGGGGUAAGAGCACCCAUCUGGGAUUCACACGCCUGGGCAAGUCGCGUCUCUGGACGUUUUUCAGCUGGCACAAAUCAACUCGCUUUGACCUUCCUAGAUAUGCGAAGAUAGGAUAUGAACAGUUUAAUAAAGCGCUGGGAAAGCCCUUCGCUACAACGGUGUUUGGCCAUGAAUACGUGGUUCUUCCGUCAAAAUAUCUCGAUGACAUCAAGCGAGCGAGUCCAAAGAGCCUGAGCUUCUUCCAGGCUCUCAGUGAUGGGCUUAACAUGGAGGCAUCGGUUGGCCAUCUCUACACAAGCACGACGGAGAUUGAUGUUGUAGUAAAACAUUUGAAUCCUCAGCUCACAAAAUUAACACCACUUUUAGCCGAAGAAGCAGACUUUGCUAUCGAAAAGGAGAUAGGGGCAAAAUUCAACGUCUCUAAUAUCAUUGCUUCCAUCGUCCACCGAACAACGAACCGAAUUCUCGUUGGAAAAGAACUCUGUCGAGACGAAGAGUAUCUCUCUAUCACAACCCGUUUCUCCCGGUCACUCUUCUUGCACGGUAUCUUCUGGAAUUUCAUUAAUCUGGGACCGCUGCGGAAGCUCGUUGCCAGACUCACGAUAUGGUUCCAUCUCAGGGACCGAGAUGCUGCUGCAAAGCUGCUUCUUCCUCACAUUCACGCCCGCCGUCAGGAUAAAGAAGCGUCUUCAAAAUACCAGGACGCUCUUCAAUGGACCCUCGACACGCCGCCGUCUUUCCCUGGAGACGACGCCCCCUUGCAUCAGGCCUAUCAUAUGCUUCACCUGACAUUCGCAGCGAGCAGUGCCUCCAGUGUAGGAGUUACGCAGUGCCUGAUCAAUAUCCUCGCCUACCCCGAGCACCUCGAGCCUAUCCGCCAGGAGAUCGCUACGGUUAUCGCCAGACAUGGCGGGUGGACCGACAAAGCUCUCUCACAGAUGGCUCUGAUGGACAGUUUCAUUCGCGAAACCAUGAGGCUGCAUCCCGCCGGUUCAUUGACCGUGGCCAGAACAGUGAUGGAUGAGCAGUUCCGAUUCCAUGACGGCCUGACGUUGCCCAGAGGCACAAAUAUCAUCGCCCCAGCUAUAGCUGUUCACCACGAUCCGGACAACUACGAAAAUGCCCAUCGAUUCGACGGGUUCAGGUUUGCCCGUUAUCGACAGAAGCAAGGAGAAAGCCAUCGGUGGCUGGCAUCCACCAUUGACCAGAAAUUCCUUCAAUUUGGCUAUGGCAACCAUGCCUGUCCAGGGCGAUUCUACGCCAUCCGCAAGGUCAAGAUGGUCCUCGGAAAGCUCUUGAUGAGCUAUGAUUUCGACUGGGCACAGCCUCGCCCUGCAGGAGACCGGCCGGAGGAUUUUGCAAUUGAGGCCCAGAUGAUGGCGGCGCCGGAGACCGAGAUUUUAGUUCGCAGUAGGAUUAACAGAAAUUAA